GCCUUAAGAAUUUCUUCUUAUCAGUUACCUUGACACUUGUGGUUAACCUGUCAUCUGUCAGCCCAUAGAUAAAUGUCAGCUAGUCAUUGAAUAGUACACUUUGACCCAAGGAAAUAAAUAUGAAUUAAGAAUUGUAUGCUAGGAUAAAAAUACCGGGCGUAAAGUUAAAGUAUCGUGAAACGUUUUGAUCGUUGCAUUAAAGAAAUAUGGGUAAUAGGUCCAGUCUUCUUUUACGUGAAGAAGAAAUAGCGCAAAUCCAAGAUGCUACUGGAUUUACACCAAAUCAAAUUGAACGUUUGUACAGUCGUUUCACGAGCUUAGACCGCGGAGAUUGCGGUACACUGAGCAGAGAAGAUUUUCUUAGGAUUCCAGAAUUGGCAAUAAAUCCUCUUGGUGAAAGAAUUGUAAAUGCUUUCUUUGAAGAAAGUGGUAAUGAUAGAGUAAAUUUUUUACAAUUUAUGCAAGUCCUUGCUCACUUUAGGCCUAUUAAGAAAAAUAGUCCUAAUCGGUUAAAUUCCAGACAACAGAAACUGAAAUUUGCUUUCAAAAUGUAUGAUUUAGAUAAUGAUGAUUUAAUAUCAAAAGAUGAACUUUUAGCUAUUCUACACAUGAUGGUUGGUGCAAACAUAAGCGAAGAACAGUUAACUAGUAUUGCAGAAAGAACUAUAGUAGAAGCAGAUGAAAAUGGUGAUGGUAUGAUAUCGUUUGAGGAGUUUUGUAAGGUAUUGGAAAGGACAGAUGUAGAACAAAAAAUGUCUAUAAGAUUUCUUAGUUAAUUUGUU